AUGGACUCCAUUCAAGACGCGGAGGAUGAAUCACCGAGGGGACAACGUUUCCAGUGCCCGCAUCCUAACUGCAAAAAGUCGUUUACGCGACGCGAGCAUCUGUCACGGCAUAAGUUGAACCAUUGGCCUAAGGAAAUAUACCGUUGUAAUUUUAUCUACCCGGAGGAUGGUACACCCUGUGGGAGAACUUUUGUGCGUCGCGACCUGCUGCUACGACAUGAGAAGAGACAUCGGAAAAGCAAUGGACGGCUCCACAGCAUCGGAGGCGACCCAGAGUCGACCGACGCAGUGACACCCAUUGUGCGAGAACCGGACAAUUCUCCGAUCAAGCAAACAGACCAUAUCGUGUUGAACACAGGCGACCGGCCAUCAUGGCAAAUACAGCCGCAAUCACUGGAUCAAUUCGUAAGCUGGAUAUUUGACAACGACGCAUCACAAGUGUCUGAUGAUUUUCCUAAACCUGAAGUUUCAAACCAACCUGACGCUACAAAUGUGUCUAUCAAGAAUGCAGUCAGUGGCAGUGCGCCACCAGCAAUUACAGUCCCUGCGCAACAGGGCAGACAACAACAAAUGGAAGAUAUCUAUUCUUUCGAUUUUCUCAGUAGCGACCCGUUAGCUUCGCUUGUCCAAGAACUUUCAGCGCCCGCCACGUUGGAGCAACCACCCAAAAUCGCAGCUGAAGUCGAAGGAUUUAGUGAUACGGCACUUUCAAAACGUCACUCUAUUACUGAUGUCCAGAGAGGUAACGUGAGAGACAACAUACAAUCUCAAAAGAACAAGAUUGACGACCUCAGAGAUCAGGUUGCAGUAGAUGAAUCUCCAGUGAGCCCAAAGCAGUCAAUGUCUACCAUGAUGUCUCCUGGAUUUCUUGAUAGAACCCCUUCUUUUUUCAACUCCGACCCACUUUCUAAAUACCACCUUUCACUAGAGAACAUGGAUGCGAUGCUUAAUAUGAUUCCAGGACUCAAGGUAACUCCAACACAUCAACUAGAAAAGUGCAUUCGAUGCUAUUGGUUAAAUUUCCAUCCGCAAUAUCCAAUUUUGCACUUACCGUCAUUCGAUAUUGAUCGACAACCGGUAAUAUUGUUAUUGGCGAUGAUUAUGACGGGUGCAAGUUAUCUCGGCUCGCAAUUACGAAGAGACGUUAGUGAUACGAUAGGUGUCCCUUUGCGCUGGAUAAUAUUUUCACAUGAAGAUUUUCAGCCUCCUUCUGAAACAUAUAUAAUCCAAUCGUUAUUGCUUCUUGAGUGCUACGAGAAAACUAGUACCAGCAGAUAUUUACAUGAAAGAAGCUAUCUUCAUCACGGUACAACCAUUCAAUUAUUACGACGCACACCAUCUUUAGGUGGCCAUCCCUUGAGAUUCAAGACCGAGCGUUGUCUCGAAGCAGACGAUGGCGAGGACGUCUAUCGUCAGUGGAUCGAGUUUGAGGUCCUAAAGAGAACUGCUUUUUAUGCCUUCUAUAUUGAUACUACACAUGCGGUGGUUUUUGGAUACACUAACCUUUUCAUCAAUUGUGACCAGGUGCAAUUGGCACUACCAUGUUCUGAUGAAAUAUGGGAAUCUUUUGAGCUGAGCUACUCACGGUUGCUAGCGCACGGGUUUGGCCAACCUCCUACAAGAUUUUUGGAUGCUCUUAAGGCCCUAUUACAAACAUCAGUACAACAUCUUCAAGAUGCUCAGAACUCAAAUGAUACAAGCACUCAACCUGCUAUUCUGAUGCCAAGCAAGUUUGGCGAAAAGAUCUUACUGGCGGGUCUCAUUUCUAUUAUGUUUCAAUUCCAACAACAAGCUGGUGGCGGAGGUGUUUUCACCGUUUUGAAGAAAGAUACGCUCCCAAUAGCAUGGCAAGAAAUUGUCGGUUUUGCAAUUGACUACUGGUAUUGUCAUAUUCUUUCUGGGUGCACCAAUCCUCGCAACUCUAUAAUUUCUACCCCACUUUUGGGAAGUGACGUCUCAUUACAGUUAUUACGGACAGAUGAUCACAUUACGUGUAAAAUCCCAGCAUACCACAUGGCUCAAAUUACCAUGCGUAUAUUCCAGUAUGACUACUAUAUUUAUGCUGGUGCACCCUGGCGAAUGAAUGUGAAGGCUGGCCAAGAAGAAUAUGAGCUGGUCUCAAGACGUAUAUGCCAAUUCAGUAAAGACCCUAUGGUGGGAGGAGUAACUUUAAUAUAUGCAUACCAGUUUCUUUUUGAAAUGUUUGAUGGAGGCAGGUCACUUAACUAUGAUGUUAAUUUUGACUAUUGCAUUACCAGACCAAAUACCGUGGCACUCACCACAUUGCUAAUUUGGAGUUAUAAUUUCUGUCUUUAUGGCCCUGAAUCUAAUGCAUGGAAUUCAGAUUCUUUUGUGAAGGAGAAUUACGUUCCGAAGGAGAGCGCUAAAGAUUACCUAACAAGAAUGUCUUCCUUUCUCCAUAAUGGCCCUUCUUCCAAAUGCUCUCAAUAUAGAGAGCAAAUAAAAGCAAAAGCCCUUCUUCUUCCUCAUAUCCCGAAUACUCAUCACUUAUGUGGGCUUUUAAUCUACAUGCGUGAUCUUUACGCCAAAAGUUACUGGGAACUUGGCCGAGAAUUUUCGAAGCUCUUUGACAACUGCUUAGAGCGCAGCAUGGGACGUCAAAAAGUAAUAUGCAAUAAUAUGUAUGAAGUGUAG